UACAAGAUGGCUCCCGCUAAGAAGGGUGGCGAGAAGAAGGGCCGUUCCGUCAUGAACGAAGUGGUGACCGGCGAGUAUACCAUCAAAAUUCACAAGCGCAUCCACGGCGUGGGCUUCAAGAAGCGUGCCCCUCAGGUACUCAAAGAGAUCCAGAAGUUUGCUAUGAAAGAAAUGGCGACUCAUGAUGUGUGCAUUGACACCAGGCUUAACAAAGUCUUCUGGGCCAGAGAAAUAAGGCACGUCCCAUACCACAUCCAUGUGAGGUUGUCGAGAAAACAUAAUGAGGAUGAAGAUUCACCAAACAAGCACUAUACUUUGGUUACCUAUGUACCUGUCACUGCUUUCAAAAAUCUACAGUCAGUCAAUGUGGAUGAGAAUUGA